AUGCUGUUCCCUUCCGUUGACACCAUCAACUCUGCCUUCAAGGCCCCCGUCGAGGCUCCUUCCAAGUCGAAGUCCUUCUUCGUCAAUGCCGCCGCCCCCUCCGUCGGCAAGAUCGAGCUCUACUCCCCCGAGUACUACUACACCUGCACCCUCGGUGGUAUCCUUGCCUGUGGUCCUACUCACUCUGCCGUCACUCCUCUUGACUUGGUCAAGUGCCGAAGACAGGUGAACCCUGCCCUCUACAAGAGCAACGUCCAGGCCUGGAGCUCCAUCAUCAAGUCCGAGGGAUUCGGUGGUAUCUUCACCGGUCUCGGUGCCACCUUCAUCGGUUACUCCUUCCAGGGUGCCGGUAAGUACGGCUUCUACGAGCUCUUCAAGAAGAAAUACGCCGACGUCGUUGGCGAGGAGAUUGCCAGCAAGUACAACACUCUCGUCUACCUUGCUGCCUCUGCCUCCGCUGAGAUCAUCGCCGAUGUCUUGCUCUGCCCCUGGGAGGCCAUCAAAGUCCGCACCCAGACUACCAUCCCUCCCUUUGCCUCCUCCGUCUUCGAUGGAUACCGCAAGAUCACCGCCGCCGAGGGCUUCGGAGGUCUCUACAAGGGUCUCUCUCCCCUGUGGGCCCGCCAGAUCCCCUACACCAUGGUCAAGUUCGCAUCGUUCGAGAAGACCGUCGAGGCUAUCUACAAGACCCUUCCUGGUGAGAAGGCCGACUACUCUCUCCUUGCUCAGACCGGUGUCUCCUUCCUCGGAGGUUACAUUGCCGGUGUCUUCUGCGCUGUUGUCUCCCACCCCGCUGAUGUCAUGGUCUCCAAGAUCAACGCUGAGAAGCUUCCUGGUGAGUCUAUGGGCGCUGCCGUCGGCCGUAUCUACGCCAAGAUUGGCUUCGGUGGUCUCUGGAACGGUCUCCCCGUCCGUAUUGUCAUGAUCGGAACCUUGACCGGUCUCCAGUGGCUCAUCUACGACUCCUUCAAGGCUUUCGUCGGUCUCCCCACCACCGGAAGCAAGAAAUAA